GAAAUGGAAUUGUAAUUUUGUUCUUUGUGUUCGAAGACUUGUUGAAAAUUUAUUUAUUUAAUAAUACGACCCAUUUUCUUACGACGAAUACGAGUGUGAAGUGUUUCGAACGCUAUUCUUUUAUUGAAUUUCGUGGACCGUAAUCUCAAAUCUUGGUGAAACCAUAAUCUUUCCGGACCGACAAGAUUCCAGCAAGAUGUGUGGAGGUUUUACUUGUUCUAAGAAUGCUCUAAUUGCGUUGAAUAUUCUUUAUGUGGUGGUAGCAUCCAUCCUGAUUUCAGUGGCAGUGUAUGGGCAAGCGUCCUCUUUAGUUGGAAAUCUACCAAUCGUAGGGGGUAUUCUAGCAUGUGGAGUGUUUCUUAUUCUGGUGUCUCUUCUUGGAUUGGCUGGAGCUGUAAAGCAUCAUCAAGUUAUGCUGUUCUUUUAUAUGGUAAUUCUCUUCCUGCUUUUUCUGGUACAAUUCUCCGUGGCCUGUGCAUGCCUGGCUGUCAACUCUGACCAACAAGAGAUGUUGGCUCGACAGGGAUGGAAAAAGGUGAACAUGGAUGUGCGGGGGCAAAUACAGGAGCGCUUUCAAUGCUGUUCGUUUGACAAGAGAUUGGCCAAUAGCACCGGAGAAUAUCCUACUUGCAAUGAUGUCGAUAAAAUUUGCUGCCACGACGGCAAAAUAACAGAGGAUUGUUGGUGUCAACCAUGCAUGCAAAAAUUGAAGGAGACCAUUGACUACGCGUUCAAACUAUGCGGCGGUAUUGGACUUUUCUUCAGCUUUACCGAGUUAUUCGCUCUGUGGCUGGCUCGACGGUACCGCAAUCAACCUGACCCCAACUAUAAGGAGCCUCAUGCAAUUUUUCCUAGAAGCAAUUAUUUAUAUUAGUUAUUAAGCGUCGUCCAAGUUUCAGUUUAGCUAUGUAAUAGGCAAGCUGUACAUUGUGAAAUUUAAUUCCUGGAGAAGGGGUUUAAGUACCAAUACGUACAUGCAGCUUUUGAGAAUUAGUUGCAGGUAGGAAGGGUCGAUUUUAUUUACUCGUUGCGUGAAAGUUCCCAUAGUAGAAAUUGAUUAAAUGAAUAGGUUUUAUCAUCUCUAAACAUUUCUUUUUGAACAAAACGUGGCACAUUUUCCAACAUACCUUAGUAGCCCGCUAUAUUACUUGCGUAUUUACAAUACUGGAGCUAGAUGACGCAGCUAAUUGCUAAGGCGCUGGCAGCUAUUAUAGAAUUAUUUAAUGUAAAUUAAUAAAUAAAUAUUAGACAACGUCACAUUACGUUGUUCCGAUCCCAAAGUAACUAAAGCUUUUGUGUACCACAAACACCCAAAUCUCCGUGG